UCUGCAGCGGAUCAUCAUCUGUUGAGCUCCGAGGACAGGCACUUUUCUUUGCUCCUCCUUAUUAAAGAUUCACAGUGAUCGUGACUGGCGGGUGUCGUGCGCUAAAUGCCACUCGUGUGUUUCCGGAACCUGCAGGAUUUGCCUUUUAAUUUCUCCGAACUGGAUAUAAUGUUCAACUGCGACCGAGAGAUGCACAAGUUCUCUUAACCACAGCAGUGAUACAAUGGGGAAACUUCACUCAAAACAUGCUUGCAAACGUCGGGAAAAUCCUGAGGGGGAUAGUUUUGUUGUGAACGGCUUUAUUUCGAGACGAGGAGUUGAAGAAGGCGAGAGAUAUGACACCAGCCUCAAAGAUUAUAAGGAGCUGAAAGACAGACAGACGCCGGCCCACCACUGCCCUCUGGAGGUGGUUUUGCCUCCAGAAAAGGCUGAAGGACGUGAGAGUUUUCUGCCGUCUGAAGAUGGAGAGAAAGACGCGCUGAAGGAAACCUGCAAAGGGAAGAAACGCAUCAGUUUAGAUGAUCUGGAGUGUAAUGUGUCUCUGGUUGAUGACAGCAGGCAGGAGUGGGUCUUCACGCUCUAUGACUUCGACAACAGCGGAAGAGUCACAAAAGAGGACAUGUCCAGUUUGAUGCACACUAUCUAUGAUGUGGUGGACGCCUCCGUCAAUCACUCGUGUAACAGCAAACGAAAGACUUUACGGGUGAAGCUGACGGUCACUCCUGAACCCGGAGCUCGCAGGAAAGACACGACACACGCUGGAAAUGACAAAGACGCGAAUCGUUUGAGUCGCAUUGAGUCGGUUCACGCGGAGGACAAACGGCAACGCACACACGUCAGAGGUCAGACUGCUGAAGCUCACGAGAGGAAUCAGUACUGUGUGGAUGAGAACACAGAGAGACGAAACCAUUACUUGGAUCUGGCUGGAAUAGAGAACUACACCUCCAGAUUUGACAGUUCCUCUCCUCCUGCGGCCCAACAAGAGCAGCCGUCACGGCCUUCACACAACCAGAGCCGUUCCCGUUCUCACGAGCCCGAGACACACACCCAUCAGCGGCGAUCGCAGAUCAUCGCCGACCCAUGCGUGGCCCCGGAUCCCCGUGUGCGCGGCGGGCCCCAGUCUUUCAGAUCCCCCAAGAGUGCAUCCAAAGGCGGUCAGUCUGCGGCCAAAAUCAGCAAGUGCCACGGCUACUAUCCAUCCAUGCAGGGUGUGCCCCUCCCAGCGGGUCAGGACGUGUACCAUCUACCCCAGCAGAACCACCCACAGCCCUCGACGGGUCACCAGCACCCUCUCCAGCACAGUCACAGCAAGAGAUUGAGAGCCAAAGCCAGGGAACAGGCACUGUCACCCUCAAAACACACCCAGCAGCAGCCCUCGCCCGUCAGCCCGCCGGCGCCGGACCGCGAGCAGAACGCCGGGUUGGUGGUUCCUGUGGUCCAGCGACACGAACAUCAUCAUCAUCACGAACACCAUCAUCAUCACCACUACCACCACUACCAUCAGACAUGACUUCACAAACACACUCCCAAACUCAUAAAGCUGUGGAUGUGAGCUCAUUACAGUCGCAUUGAGAUUUCAGGCUAACCAAAAAGUCCAGUUCUCUAUGCCUGUCGGGUUUCGUUCCUGUUCUGCGGUAUGAAUGUUCAGCAAGUAUUUCUAUAAAACAUGUAUCAGAUAUUUAGAAAUCUGCUCUGCUCAAACUCAGGCACUUAUUAAGUUUAUUUACUAUAUUGUCAUCAUUUGAAAACAGAGCUAAAGUUAGUCAUUGCUGACAGUUUACAUGAAGACAUCAACUUCCUUUGGUAUUUUUUAAUCUUUUGAAAUUUUGGUUAUGCUUUUAUGGAUGUGUGUAAUUUUAUCGACCAAUGGCAAAAACAUAAUGAAAUGGAGUUUUGGUAAUUAAAGGGGUUUUACAAAAGAGGACACUAUAAAAUAAAUGUAAAUCAAUUAUCAGUAAAGAAAAAAACUACAGCUCAGAAGUUUGAGAUCAGUAAGACUUGUAAUGUUUUCUAAAGAAGUCAUUUUUGCUCAUCAAGGGUGCAUUUAUUUGAUCAAAAAUAUAGAAAAAAACAAUAAUACUGCAAAAUGUUAUUACAGCAUAAAAUAAUGGUUUUUAUUUGAAUAUACUUUAAAAUAUAAUUUAUUUCUGUGAUGCAAAGCUGAAUUUUCAUCAGCCGUAAGUGUCACAUGAUUCUUCAGAAAUCAUUCUAAUAUGCUGAUUUUUUAUUAGAAUGAUCAAUGUUGGAAACAGUUGUGCUGCCAAAUGUUUUUUGGAACCCAUGAUUCUUUUUUUCAGGAUUCUUUGAUAAAUAACAAGUUAAAAAGAACAGAAUUUAUUCUAAAUAUAAAUCUUUUCUAACAAUGUAAGUCUGUGCUCUCACUUUUUAUUAAUUUUACACAUCCUUGGUGAAUAAAAGUAUUCAUUUCUUUCAAAAAAAGAAAGAAUAAAAAUUUGCUGAACCCAAACUUUUGAAGAGUACUGUAUAUUGUUAGAAAACCUUUCUAUUUUAAAUAAAUGCUGUUCUUUAACUUUUCAUUCAUCAAAGAAUCCUGAAAAAAGUAUCACAGUUUCCUAAAAAUAAUUAAGCAGCACAACUGUUUCCUGAAGAAAUAAUUUCUGAAGGAUCAUGGGACACUAAAGACUGGAGUAAUGAUGCUGAAAAAUUCAGCUUUGAUCACAGAAAUAAAUUCGAUUUUUAAUGUGUAUUAAAAUAGAACGUUGUUUUACAUAAUAAUAACAUUUCACAAUAUAACAUUGUAUAACAAAAGCAGUUAUGAUGAGCAUUAGAAACUUAUCUAAAACACAUUCAAAAUCUUACUGAUCCCAAACUUUUGAGCGGUUCUGUGUGCACACUACACAUAUAUGUAUAUACACACACACAUAUAUAUAUAUAUACACUCACUUCUGGUCGAAAGUUUGGGAUAAAUUAAGAUUUUCUAUAUUUGUUUUUGCAGGAAGUCUCUUCUGCUCACAAAGGUUAUGUUUAUUUAAUUAAAAAUAUAGUAAAUACAGUAAAAAUGUGAAUUAUUAUUACAAUUUAAAAUAACAAUUUUCUAUCGUGAUAUAUUUUAAAAUGCAAUUUAUUCCUUUGAUGCAAAGCUGAAUUUUCAGCAUCAUUACUCCAGUCUGCAGUGUCACAUGAACCUACAGAAAUCAUUUAACCAUAAGAGACUUUUUUCAAAAACAAAAAAUAUCUUUAUUAUUGCAAACUUUUGACUGGUAGUGUGUAUAUGAAGAGUUUAUUUGCAAAACUCAUUUUUUUUUUAUUAUGUUAUCACGUUUUGUUGUGUUAAUAAGUUGUAUUUUUAGUUAUUUUUACCAACUGCAGUUUAAGAUUAAUUGGAAUGCACAAUGAAACAACACGAUUUCCGUUUUUGCAAAUGAACUCUUCAUAUGUACAUACACAUGUACAUUGUUUGAAACGUUUCCCGAGACCCAGUGAAAAAAGAAAAGUCAAUUCAAACCAAAAUAUUUUAAAAUUCAUUUAAUUGUGACUGAUUUCCAUGUCUAAGAUUUUAUCCAGUAUAUUCAGACAUGUAUGAUGGGGUCAUGAAAUGUACUGCAUAGAAGGAUUGACCCCAUAAUAUCUAAAUGAUCAUAUUGUAGCGUGAUGCUCUGCUCGGCUGCAGAUUUCUCUGUCACUCAGAUGUGGUUUUGUGUGACCGCGUCUCUUCAAGUAUUUUUUCUAGUAUUCUCAGGUGAACGGUGCUGCUCUGUAGCUUUUCUGGAAAAAAAAGGCUAUUUCUCCCUUCGGGAGACCCUGCCAUGGACUGAACGUCUCCCUCCUACCAGAGGAAAUAUCACCACUGCCAGUUUGAAUGCUAAAAUAUCCUUUAUGUUUAAAAAUAAAACUAUAUGAAUAUAAACAUUUACUGUAUGAUUAUACUGCAUAUGCAUAUUUAUCAUGGU